CUUUUGCCUCCUUGAGAUCUCUUGAGAACUUAGAUCUUUCAAAUAACAAUUUGUCUGGCACCAUACCACCUGAACUUCAAAAACUUCAUUUUCUAGUGAGAUUAAACCUUUCUUUUAAUCAACUAGAUGGUGAAGUGCCAAAAAAAGGAGUUUUCAAAAAUGCCACUGGAUUUUCUUUCUUCGGAAAUAAAAACCUUUGUGGAGGAAUUCCAAAAUUACAGCUUCCCAAGUGCUUCAGUGAGAAACCAAAGGAAAAGGGAAAGGUUCUAUCAACCAAAACCAUUAUUGCUAUUAUCAUCAGCAUUCUUCUUGGCUCUAUUUUGGUUGUUCUUCUUGUUUAUCAUUCCUUGAGACACAAGGCAAGAAGGGGAACAUUUAUGCCAUCAUCUUUGUUCGACAAUGGCUGCUUGCGUUUAUCCUACAAACAGCUUCUUGAAUGCACCCAUGGUUUUGCUUCCGCCAACUUGAUUGGAACUGGAAGUUUUGGCUCUGUAUAUAAAGGAGUUCUUUAUCAACAUGAAAAGCCUCUUGCUGUCAAGGUACUUAACCUUCGAAACCAUGGGGCCGCAAGAAGUUUCAUUGCAGAAUGCGAGGCUUUAAGGAAAAUUCGACAUCGGAAUCUUCUCAAAAUUAUAACUUCUUGCUCAAGCAUUGAUUAUCAAGGCAAUGAAUUCAAGGCUUUAGUUUUUGAAUUCAUGCCUAAUGGGAGUUUAGAAAGCUGGUUACAUGAGCAACAUGAUCAGUCAAGGUAUUUGAACUUUGCUCAAAGGUUAGACAUUGCUAUUGACAUGGCCAAUGCUAUAGAUUAUCUUCAUCAUGGUUGUGAGACGAUGGUUGUUCAUUGCGAUCUGAAGCCUUCCAACGUCCUUCUUGACGAUGAUAUGGUUGCACACGUCGCCGAUUUUGGAAUGGCAAAGCUCUUGUCUACCGUCACAAGCAAUAUUGGAAGCGAUCAAACAAGUUCCUCAGUGAUCAAGGGAACAAUUGGCUACGUUGCCCCAGAAUAUGGUAUGAGUGGAUCAGUCUCUCCAGAAGGUGAUAUCUACAGCUACGGCAUUAUGCUUUUAGAAAUGAUAACCGGAAGGAGACCGACAUGUGAUUUGUUUCAUGAUGGCUUAAGCCUUCAUAAUUUCUGCAAAAUGGCACUACAAGAAGGCUUGAAGGAGAUUUUUGAUGUUCGUUUAGUUGAAGAAAUUGGUGUAAACUGGAAGAGAAUAAGAAAUAAGCCAAACAUGGAAGCUGAGAUAUGGGAAUGCUUUGUUUCUUUCACUAAAAUUGGAGUUGCAUGCUCCACUGAAGUGGCUACUGAUAGAUUGAGAAUUAGAGAUGCCAUCAUUGAACUUCAUGCAACCAAAGCAAGGUUGCUUCGAACCGGGUUUUAUGGAAGGGACAAUAGAUAGGUAGCAAAAGCUGGAGAAAUGAAAUAGAGUAGAGUUUUGAAUUUUACUGAGUGAAGUUGAUUUUGGGUAAACUCAAUCCGAAAUGGUCAGUUCAGGUUUUGGAA